ACUGGAAGAUUAAUCCUUUAGAGGGAGUUGGAGAGUUAAGCUACUGUAAUUUCUCUGCAGUUGGCUGCAGUAAACAACUGCUCUAAAGACACGAGGAAAAAAAUUGACGGAGGCCAAAGUAAUCCUAUUUCCGUGCAAGGCCAUACUGAGGCACGGGCUGACUUUCUAGAGCUGGGGUAGAGCACCAGGGUGACUUCGUGUUGAGUUAAAUGAUUAUACGAGCGAACAGUGCUGAGUAAGGGAGAGACAAGGAAAGACGCCUGCAUGAAGACUGAGCUGCUGAAAGAUAUCACCAACAACAAAGAGGAAGGGUUUAAUGCCAUGGCUGCAGAUGAAAGUGCUACAGAAAAGCAAGCGGGGGAACCAAAAAUGGCAGUAGACGGUGAAACCAACGGUUCCUGUGAGCACAGCGAAGCUGGUAGCCACCCAAACCCAGCUAAAAACACUCAGGACAAUACGAAAGUGAGCCAGCAGGACUCUAGUACUAAAUUAAAUAGGAUAGCAGAAAAUGGCAUUUCUGAACGAGAUGGCGAGACUGGGAAGCAAAACCAUAUGAAAGCUAAUGACUUCACACAGACUUCUGUAACGGGGAGCAAUGGAUAUAUUCUAACCAAGCAGAUGGCACAGGAGCAACCUCUAAGGACUACCAGCACCUUUGCUUCUCUCACCGGCCAUGCUGCAAAAACUCUUCCAGGAGGAGCAAGCAAAGGGAGAACUGUGGGCUCCUUUUCUCAGAUGCAAGCCACAAUGCCAACCAAGCUCGGGGAGGGCAGUAAGGACAUGGAUGCUAAAAAAGCCACCGCUGCUAACGCUGAAGUCAAGGUCCACAGAGCACGGAAGACAAUGCCUAAACCCACCCCUAGCCUGGAGUUGCUUCCUGAAUUGGGAUCGAAGCUGAAUCUGAAACAGCAUGCAAGUAAAGACCCCAAAGAUGGGAGAGACAGCAGAGAUCAAAAAGAAUCCAAGGAGGAAGGAAACAAAAAUGUCCUGGAGUUUGGGAAGCCAUUGCCGUUGCCCUCUCUCCCAGGCCUUCACCAGUCACUACCUCAGAACCAGAGCUAUGUGGCCACCACAAAGUCACAGACGGCUGCUGCAGUAUCUCGGAAGAAGAAACGGAGAAUGGGAACCUAUAGCCUGGUUCCCAAGAAAAAGACCAAAGUGUUAAAACAGAGAACAAUGAUUGAGAUGUUUAAGAGCAUAACUCAUUCCUCUGCGGGUGCCAAGAGUGAAAAGGACCUAGGUGAUGCCAGCCCUCACGUGAACGGGGAAAGCAUAGAUGUAGACUCUGAAGAGGAAGACUCUGAUGAGUUGGAAGAGGAGGAUGAUCAUGGAGCAGAACAGGCAGCUGUGUUUCCUGCAGAUGAUAACAGGACCUCUAAAGACAGCGCGUCCGAUGCAGACAAUGCCAGAAAGAUUGAUGAUGGCGAGUCCGAGGAGGAACAGGAGUCUGGAGAGUCUGGGGAGGAGGAGGAAGAUGGAGAUGAGUCUGACUUGAGCUCGGAGUCCAGCAUCAAGAAGAAGCUGCUGAAGAGGAAAGGAAAGACGGACAGUCCAUGGCUGAAACCCACCCGCAAGAGGAGACGGAGGAAUAAAAAGAAACAAGCCAGUGUGCUAGGUGCCGAAGCCUAUAAACCAUCUUUGGGAGGCAGAGAGGUUCCUGGCCAGGAGAACAGCAUGGAGUAUAUGGAGGUGCCCCUGGAUUCCCUGGAUCUCCGGGUGAAGGGGAUCCUCUCCUCGCCGGCGGGAGGUCUUUCCAAUGGUCCUGAAGCAAUGGAAGUAGAUGGUCUCCAGGAAGUCCCCCUCUGUAGCUGUCGAAUGGAAACCCCCAAAAGCAGAGAGAUCACCACACUAGCCAACAACCAGUGCAUGGCCACGGAGAGUGUGGAUAAUGAGCUGGGCCGAUGCACAAACAGUGUGGUUAAGUAUGAACUGAUGCGCCCGUCUAACAAAGUCCAACUUUUGGUGCUGUGUGAGGACCAUAGAGGGAGGAUGGUGAAACACCAGUGUUGCCCUGGCUGUGGAUACUUUUGCACUGCAGGCACUUUCAUGGAGUGUCAGCCGGAGAGCAGCAUCUCCCACCGUUUCCACAAGAACUGUGCCUCCCAGGUCAAUGACAUGAGCUACUGCCCACACUGCGGGGAAGAGGCCUCCAAGGCAAAGGAGGUGACAAUAGCAAAAGCAGACACAACCUCGACGGUGUCGCUGACCUACGAGCAACAGAAACCAGCAGCUGUGGAGGGAAGGGCCGACACCACGACAGGGAGUGGCACUGGGACGCGGUUGUCGGAGGAAGACAAGCCAGAAAGUUCGGCAGCUGAGGGGUUUGACAUGGCUGGGUCUUCAGUUUUUCCAAAGCCUACUACUAGCCUGACCCAGGGACCAGUUAAAGAAACUCUGGAAAGUGCCCUGAUUGCUCUGGACUCCGAAAAACCCAAGAAGUUACGGUUCCAUCCAAAGCAGUUGUACUUCUCUGCGAGGCAAGGAGAGCUGCAAAAAGUCCUGCUUAUGUUGGUGGAUGGAAUUGACCCUAAUUUUAAAAUGGAGCAUCAGAGUAAGAGAACCCCUCUCCAUGCUGCCGCCGAGUCUGGCCACGUGGACAUCUGCCAUAUGCUGAUUCAGGCUGGUGCUAAUAUAGACACCUGCUCUGAAGACCAGAGGACCCCACUGAUGGAAGCAGCAGAAAACAACCAUCUGGAAACUGUGAAAUACCUUAUCAAGGCUGGAGCACUGGUAGAUCCUAAGGACGCGGAGGGCUCCACGUGUCUGCACUUGGCUGCCAAGAAGGGGCACUACGACGUUGUUCAGUACCUCCUCUCCAACGGGAAGAUGGAUGUCAACUGCCAGGAUGACGGAGGCUGGACGCCGAUGAUCUGGGCCACUGAGUACAAGCAUAUUGAGCUGGUGAAGUUGCUGCUUGCAAAGGGGUCGGACAUCAACAUCCGUGACAAUGAGGAAAAUAUUUGUUUGCACUGGGCUGCUUUUUCUGGCUGUGUUGACAUAGCAGAGAUACUGCUGGCUGCUAAGUGUGAUUUACAUGCAGUGAAUAUUCACGGGGACUCACCCCUGCAUAUUGCAGCCAGAGAGAACCGCUACGAGUGUGUCGUUCUCUUUCUUUCCCGUGGCUCGGAUGUCACUUUAAAGAACAAGGAGGGUGAGACUCCACUCCAGUGCUCCAGCCUUAACUCUCAGGUCUGGGUGGCCCUACAGAUGAACAAGACUCUGAAAGAAUCAUCUACUGACAAGCCUGCCCAGAUAGAGAAGGUCGUGAGCAGAGACAUCGCCCGGGGUUAUGAGCGGAUCCCGAUUCCCUGCGUCAAUUCAGUGGACAGCGAGCCUUGUCCUAGCAACUACAAAUAUGUUUCACAGAACUGCGUCACCUCCCCAAUGGACAUUGAUAGAAACAUCACUCAUUUACAGUAUUGUGUAUGUAUAGACGACUGCUCCUCCAGUAACUGCAUGUGUGGCCAACUCAGUAUGCGCUGCUGGUAUGAUAAGGACGGCCGACUCCUGCCUGAAUUCAACAUGGCUGAGCCGCCGCUGAUCUUCGAGUGUAAUCACGCGUGCUCGUGCUGGCGAACCUGUAGGAACCGGGUGGUGCAGAAUGGGCUCAGGACUCGAUUGCAGCUUUAUCGGACACAAAAGAUGGGCUGGGGUGUGCGAACAAUGCAAGACAUUCCACUGGGAACCUUUGUGUGCGAGUACGUUGGUGAGCUGAUAUCUGAUUCCGAGGCAGACGUCCGUGAAGAGGACUCCUACCUCUUCGACCUUGACAACAAGGACGGAGAGGUGUACUGCAUAGAUGCCCGUUUCUAUGGCAACAUCAGCCGCUUUAUAAACCACCUCUGCGAGCCAAACCUCAUCCCGGUGCGAGUCUUCAUGUCGCAUCAGGACCUCCGCUUUCCCAGGAUCGCCUUUUUCAGCACGAGGCAUAUAGAAGCUGGAGAAGAAAUCGGCUUUGACUACGGAGACAGGUUCUGGGACAUCAAAGGCAAAUACUUCAGCUGUCAGUGCGGUUCACCCAAGUGCAAACACUCGAGCUCAGCGCUGGCCCAGCGGCAGGCAAGCACCUCGUCCCAGGACACGCAGGAAAACGGGCUCCCCGACACCAGCUCUGCCACAGCAGCCGGCCCCUUUUGAGGCUCCGCUCCCCAGAGACUGACUUGUUUUAACCCUAUAGAAUCACAUACUGUCUGAAUUUCCAUUUAAAUAUAAAAAAAAAAAAAAAAGAGAAAAAAAAAACCAACCCACUCAAGGAAAACCAAGGGUUCGUGACACUUAGGGCUGUGCCACCGACUGUUACUUGAGGAAUAAGUAAAAGCAAAUCCCACCUCCGUGAUGUUGUUCUCCCCUCCCCGGUCCUGGAAAGCUGCUGGUUUUCACAGUUGCGUGUGGAGGGGUGGCUGUUGCGUUUUUUUUUUCCCAUGCGAGCUGUCCUGGCCUCCGUCUCUUAAUGUGCUAAGUGUUGUCAGAGCCAAGGGAGAGCCGCCCGUCCUCCGAAUAUUGUUAAUUGAAUGGAUCGCUCAUGCCAAGUCAUCUCCAGUUCACUUGUAAUAAACUUUGAAUACUUGAUGGGACUUUCUUUCUAAAAGCCGGGGGGAGCGGGGAGGGGGAGGGAGGUGCUGGCGUUUGGGUUUGCUUGGCACAGCCCCGGGGCAGGUUCUGCUGGUUGGUUUUUGUUGGUUUGUUUGGUUUUUUGGUUGUAGGUUGUUUUUUUUGUUGGGGUUUUUUUUUUAAUCAUGAAUUUCUCCCACAUCUUGCAGAACAUUGUGGUGGGGCCUUUUCUCUAGGAGCUGGAGGGCAUUUCUAACAAAUGCCCUCCUUGGUACCAAAUCCACCGGCUUUUUCUUUUUUGUCUUCCGAUGAGAAGAAACCCACAGUCCUUGCAAUCCCUUUGGUCCCUGGCUGUCCAGAGAUGCUUCCCCUGAGACCCUGCUCCCUCCCGGGCUUUCUCCGUUACAAACCAGCUCUCGUCUGCGCCGCUCGGCCGUGUUACUGUCUCAGUGUUCGGUUCAUCCAUGGAAGGAUUUCCCUCUCCCCGUCGCAUUAGCGGUUUUAGAAAGGGAAGGUUGAAGGGGAUUGUACAAGACACUAACUUCUUAAGAAAAUCAGUUUUGGUUUUUUUUAAAAAAAAAAAAAAAUAAAGCAAACGAUAUAUAUAUUAUAGAGAACCUCGACUCCUCGCGUCCGCCGGCUGGGGCGAACAGGGGACAGGACAUGUCACGGCAAGAAGAUCCCAGAUGCCACCAGCUCGUCUCUUCCCAUCACUUUUCUCAACGCUGGGCACCUUCGAUUAAUUUUUAAGCCACAUGCUAUGAGGUUUCAAUAAACUGAUUUAUUUUUUACCAUUUCCAAAACAUUGGGGACUAGCAUUAAAAAGAAAAAGAAAAAAAAACCACAAAAAACCACAAAAAACAACAACAAAAAGAAACCACAAAACAAAACGGUGCUGAUUCUGGUGUGAUUUUUGCUCACCACGUGAAUAUAAACUAUCAAUUGUAUAAAAAGAACAAAGUGAUUUUAGUAUAAAAACGCAGGAAAAAACACAAAACUUUUUUUAAAUUGUUAGUAUUGUAGUGUGAAUAAAUUUGCCAUCACCUUUUGUGUGGUGGCUGGGCAGGUCAUUAUCUUAAUUUUUUUUUUUUUGCAUAUAUCUUUAAAUACUGUAAUUAGUGCAGUAACAGGUUUUUUUUGUUCAUCUCUUCUAGAACAUUCAUAAUGCCGUCAUGUUUAUUAUUAUUAUUUUUUUUCUGUUAAUGUUUUUGACAGUUUUAAAGGAGCA